GUCACGUGACCCGUUAAUUCCGCGUUCCCGACGCUGGGGAUGUUGUCUCCUGCUCGUUCCAUGGAGGCGUGCACGGCUUUGCCUAAGCCAUCCUAGCCGCUUUCCUCCACCCUUCCCCGGCGAAGGGUGCCCUGUAAACGUCCGCCAUCGAUGACGCAUUGACCGGACGAGUCGCUCCCCCUCCUUUUCCCCCCCCCCCCUCCCUUUUUCCUCCAUCGUCUGGUUCUCCAUCGAACCUGUCGUCGAAGCAGCGCGGCCGAGCUGGGGGGCAAUCCGGGGAAAGGGAGCCGCGGCGCCGCGCACCGGCCGCCGGAUACCCCUCCGCGACGCGCCACCAAUAACAUGCUAACCCGGGUCAAGUCCGCCGUGGCCGGCUUCAUGGGUGGGAUCAUGGCCGGGGGCAGCUCCGCCGGAGGCGGCAACCCCGGCUCGGACCUGCCGCUGAAAUUCCCGUAUAUGAGGCCGGAGUUCUUGGGACUAUCCCCGGAUGAGAUCGAGUGCUCCGCGGAUCACAUGGCCCGGCCCAUCCUCAUCCUGAAGGAGACCAGGAGAUUACCGUGGGCCACCGGAUAUGCUGAAGUGAUUAAUGCCGGGAAGAGCGCUCUGAACGAGGACCAGGCGUGCUGCGAGGUGGUGGUGGUGAGGAGGAGACCCAUGAGCUACUGCCCACCGUCCACCCCAAGCAGGACCCCGACCGCCAAGAGACGCAACUCCCUGCCCAAUGGGGAGGGCCCUGGGCUGCGCUUGGAGCACGGCAAGCUGGGAGAGGACAACGAGGGACUCGUGUUCCACUACUGGGCCUUGUUUGACGGCCACGCUGGUUCAGGCGCCGCCGUGGUGGCCUCCCGCCUCCUCCAGCACCACAUCGCCUGCCAGCUGCAGGCCGUCAUCGAGAUCCUGCACAACCUGGCCUCUCUGCCGCCCACCAUCCUGGGGGAGGAGCCCGACGGCAACCCCUUCUUGCAGCAGGGCAACACGCCGGGCCCGCACCGCGCUCUGACCCGGGCGGCCUCGCUACGGGGCGCGGCCGGCACGCCCGCUUCGCCGAGCAGCACGCCUCCCCCUCCUCGGUUCUUCACCGAGAAGAAGAUCCAGCAUGAGAGCUUGGUGAUUGGAGCUAUAGAGAAUGCCUUUAAAGAGAUGGAUGCUCAGAUUGAGAAGGAGAAGCAAGGCUACAACAUCUCAGGGGGAUGCACGGCUCUCACUGUGGUCUACCUGCUGGGGAAACUCUAUGUCGGCAACGCAGGCGACAGCAGGGCCAUUAUUAUUAGAAACAAUGAAAUUGUUCCCAUGUCAGCAGAAUUCACGCCAGAAUCAGAGCGACAGCGGCUACAAUUCUUGGGUUUCAUGCAGCCUCACCUGCUCGGAAACGAGUUCACGCACCUGGAAUUCCCACGGCGGGUCCAGAGGAAAGAGGUGGGGAAGAGGAUGCUCUACAGAGACUUUACUAUGAACGGAUGGGCAUACAAGACCGUUGAAGAUGAAGACCUCAAGUUCCCACUGAUAUACGGCGAGGGGAAAAAGGCUCGGGUGUUGGCGACCAUCGGCGUGACCCGAGGGCUCGGCGACCACGACCUCAAAGUUCACGACUCCAACAUCUUCAUCAAGCCCUUCCUGUCCUGCCUUCCAGAGGUGAAAGUGUACAACCUGACGCAGUACGAGCACGGCGCCGACGACGUCUUGGUGAUGGGCACUGAUGGCCUGUGGGACGUCCUGUCCAACCAGGAAGUGGCCGAAGCCGUGUCCACCUUUCUCUCCAACUGUGACCCCGAUGAUCUACACAGGUACACGAUGGCCGCACAGGAUUUGGUGAUGCGAGCUCGCGGGGUACUGAGGGACCGAGGCUGGCGCAUCACCAACGAGCGCCUGGGCUCCGGGGACGACAUCUCCGUCUUCAUCAUACCGCUGAUGUACGGCAACCGUCAGCCCUGAGAAUCCAACACCCGCAGCUAAAACAACCCGACCCACCACCAAAACUUGUAUUUUUUUUGUUCUUGUUGGGAGUGACCCGCCAAAAAAGGGGGGCUUCCUGUCAUCACUUCCUUGUUGUUUUUGCAUCCAAUUACUGUAGACAACUGCGCGACAUUGACUCACUCUUGCCUCUUGAGGAACUAGAUGGUAUUACAACCCAAGACAGGCUUCAUGGGCUACUAUUAAUCAAUUAGGCUAGAAAAACUUCAUUCAAUGACCGAGCGUCACGAUUCUACGGAGCCCCUAAAGGGACAUGGGGGAAAUAUUUUUUUUUAUUAUUU